GCAGCUAAAACAGAAUCUGUUCGCUUCUCAGAGGUGGGAUGUAUUUUUCAGCCCCUCACCUUUUUAAAACAGUAGGCUAAGCUCUUUUGAAAAACGACACCAAGAAUUUCCUUAAGUCCCUGCAAACUUCUGAAAUACCUUUUCAGCUCUGGCAUAGAAUCCGAGAGGGGCCCGAGGACCACAAGGAAUGAAGACAAACAGGUUAUGCACCUGCUUGUAUUUAGAGACUGUUUGUGUGAGAAACAGGGUUUUGAGGCACCGGCAUGCUUUUUAGUGCUGUUUCCCACAAAAGGGAUUUGUUUCAGCUACAGAAUUUGGCCCGGAUAUAUGUGCGAAAGUUCCUUCUUUGUUGCAUUUCCCUGGACCCACAGAUGCAGCGAGGCAGCGAGAAUUACAAAGGAGAAGACAUGAAAGCAGAGCGUUUAAGAAAAAGCGAAGUGCUUCUGAAAGAGACAGAAACCGAGAGGAAGAUUAUCAUUCGGGAGUGGAAGGAGCUGCGGAAGUUUAUUGAAGAGCAAGAAGAAUGUGCGUUGAGGAGGCUGGAGGAGCUGGACAGGGAUAUCAUUGCAAGGAGAGAUGAGAGCAUUUUGGGAAGCAGUGAGAUGGCCUCACCACCUAGCAUGAAUGGAGAAGGCAAUGGGAGACCACCUGCAAAGAGCAUCAGACGGACCAGCAGCAGGGAUAAUGAGGUAUUUCCUAAGCCUGAAACCAGUUUUAUGGAGUUGGAACAGAGGAUAAAGCGUUUCUCUCAGAAAAGGAUUGUCAUGCAAGAUAUGCUGUUGGCAUUUAAAGAAAUUUUGCAAAUGGACCUGGGGAAUGACUUAAGUCCAACUUUUUCAUCUGGCUAUCCAGGAAAAUCAUCUUUCUACUCAAGAUUUCUCCAUUGCUGCCAAAGAUAUGGAAGGGAAACGGCUGUGUUGCAGCCUGACCAGGGGCCUGUAACCUUUGAGGAGGUGGCUGUACAUUUCACUGAGGAAGAGUGGGCUCUCCUGGACCCCCACCAGAGGACCUUGUACAGGGAUGUUAUGCAGGAGAACUAUGAAAAUGUGACCUCUGUGGCAGUGCUUUCCCUCACCAAGUCUGAUGGGAUGCGCUGGACUGAAGAAAGGGAAGAGGCACAUUUUCUGAUUCCAUAUUCUCGGGGCCCUGAUGAAAGGAACCAUUGCGAAGUCACCAGUACAGCCCAUGUUGUUGAAGGAAAUGUGAAUAGGAUACAGAAGAAUCAACUGCCAGAGAAUUCUGAGCAAGUUUUACCUCAUGAGACUCCUUUCAGAAGCUCAAAUGACCAACUUCUCCAGAAUCAAGAUGGAAAGACUGGGCAUAAACGCAGAUCAAUAAGACAGCAAAAAAACAAAAUAGGAGCUGAAGAAGAGAAACCUGUUCCUUCUCAGAAUGGCUGCCACGAUGUCAGGAAAACCACAAUCCAGAAGAGAAUCAGCAAGGAUGGGAGACAAAAGGCAUGUAAUGAAUGUGGGAAACGAUUUAGUCAGAGCUUCCUCCUCCUUAAGCAUAAGAAAGCCCAUAUGGGCACAAAACCUCGAAAAUGCUCAGAUUGUGGUAAAAUCUUCAGCCAGCUAUCCUACCUUAAUAAACACAGGAGAACCCACAGAACAGCAAAAUUGUUUGACUGUUCAGAGUGUGGCAAGUCAUUCCAUCGACGUUCUCAUCUUGCUUCCCACCAAGGAAUUCACACAGGAGUAAAGCCUUACAAAUGUUCAGAUUGUGGGAAAAGCUUCCGGCGGGGACCUGACCUGAACAGGCACCAGAAAAUCCAUACAGGAGAGAAAAUGCAUAAAUGCUUGGAUUGUGGAAAGAGUUUCCUUCUGAGUUCGAGCCUCACUAAACAUGAGAGGACCCAUACUGGAGAGAAACCAUAUAAAUGCUCAGACUGUAAGAAAAGUUUCAGCCAGAGAUCUCAUCUUAUUGUUCACAAAAGAACCCACACAAGGGAGAAACCAUUCAAGUGUUCGUUCUGUGGUAAUGGUUUCAGUCAGAAAGCACAUCUCACUUCGCAUCAGCGAACCCACACAGGAGAGAAACCCUACAAAUGCUCUGAAUGUGGUAAAAACUUCAAACUGAACUCAGCAUGUAUCAAACACAAAAGAAGUCGUCAUUUUGAUGCUUAGACAAAGGGAGACGUUUCUCUCUUGAGCUGAAGAAUCAAAUCGUACAAAUUGGACAAUGCAAGAAACUAUUGCACAAAGUGAGAAGAAAAAACUAGUCUGGUGUAGUGGUUAGAGUGUAGGACUAACAACAGGGAGUUCUGAGUCCAAAUCCUCAUUGAACCAUGAAAACGAUUAGUUGACCUUGAGCCAGUCAAUUCCUCUCAGUUUUCCCACCUCAUUUGGUUGUUCUGAGGAUAAAGUACAGGUUGAGAAAAAAACAUACAGUGUUCUGAACUCCAUGGAACUCCAGUGUUCUGGAUUCCACAAAAAAUAAGAAAGGCAAGCUUACAGCAAUAUCAUCUGUCAGGAUUGAUUUCCACAAGACAGAAGUCCCAAGAGGCAGACCACAGAACCAGUCUGUGAACUUAAUCACAGUCACAUGUGAUCAGCAUAUUUUCUCCUCUGUUCCACCACAUGCCAUUCCUGCUCUGAACUGGGACCAUAGUGGUGUGCAGAAGCAGAUUCAGCCUCUCUCCUCUGUGGUGUUAAAGAAGAAGGGACUUUUUGGCCUUUUGCACACGGGAAUGUAAGAAUGUAAUCCAAGAAGACCUCUGCUGGAACUAAACCAAAGAUCCGUCUAGUGAAGCAUCCUGGCUCAUGCACUGACUAACCAAAUGCCCCAAGAAUUCAGAAAGAAGGGGAUGGAGUUCAAGAUUUAUCCUUGUUGCUGACCUCCCCCACAGCACCAGUAUUCAGAUAUACUACUUCUGAACGUGGAAGAUCCCUAAACCAGUGGCUGUCAUUAUAUCCCGUGGCAGUGAAUUCCACAAGUUAAUCCCCAUUGCUGUGGGAAGGUGUGCUAGUCUAUGUGCAGAUGAACACACAUGAAGCUGCCUUGUACUGAGUCAGAACUCUUGGUCCAUCAUGGUCAGUUCUGUCUACUCAAAUUGGCAGGUGUUCUCAAAAGUCUCCAGCAGAGAGGUCUUUCUCAUCACCAGCUACCUGAUC